GGGAGAGGUCCACAGCGAGCGAGACGCACAGCAAAACCGGCCUCAGACCAGAUAAUCCGCAGGAGAAGGCCCCAAUGGAAAACGGACCAGCCACUGGUGGCCUCGCCGUGGACGAUCUCUCUUCAUCAGCGCCGGCAGGUGUCGUAUCACAGUGGAGCUUCAACGUGUCGCAGCGAUACCAGAACCUCCUCGACAAGUCGGUCCCCCACGUCCUUUACCGAUGGAUCGCGUGCCUGGCGGUGGCGCUCAUCUAUGCCGUACGCGUGUACCUGGUGCAAGGUUUCCAUAUCAUCACGUACGGGUUGGGCAUAUACUUGCUCAACCUCCUCAUUGCCUUUCUCUCUCCGCAGAUUGACCCCGAGAUCCAGGAUGGCCCUACUCUCCCAACGCGCGAAUCCGACGAGUUCCGCCCCUUCGUUCGUCGUCUCCUCGAGUUUAAGUUCUGGCACUCUAUUACAAAGGCCUUUUGCAUCGCUUUUGUCAUGACAUUCUUCAGCGUGUUUGAUGUGCCUGUCUUUUGGCCAAUACUUCUUUUCUACUGGAUCUUACUAUUCAUACUCACCAUGAGGAGACAGAUGAUGCACAUGAUCAAGUAUAAAUAUGUUCCAUUCUCUUUUGGAAAACAGCGAUACGGAAAGAGAGCUCCCUCAACCGACAGCCCAAGCCUUUCUGGGGAUUGAAAUCCUCAGAUGGGGAUAAGGGCAUUAGCAGAAGUUGUCUUGAGGACGAAUUUUGGCAUCUCGAGCUAUUAUUUUCUCCAGUUCUUUACUCAGCAACACCUUCAGAUAUACUAUUUGAAAAUUUAGUGUGGGGAACGGAGGAGUCGAAUUUUCCUUUACAUAAAAACUUCCUUCUGUACAGAGGAUAUGAUAUCCUAGCCCUAUAUUUGCGGAUGCUUAAUAUCUAAUCUGGUGACUUGUGGUUUACUGAAGGGAAUAUUAUUAUAUUAGCCAAGCAGUGUAGUAGCUGUAGCUAUAACUUGUACUUUUCACUUGCACUGUUAAGAGUACACUUUGGGAUACAUUAUGAGAAUAUAUCGGAAAAUUUUUUGUUCUUA